UUGUCUCCUUGCUACGUCACCACAGCGCUGACACAACAACAGCUCGUAUUGAUUUGUUUCCUCUUUAGCAUUAGCAUCCGCAGCGUAGCCACUGAUAGACUGAACGUUUAGAAAACUUAAUCGGAGGUCCAAUGUUCAUCUGUGGUCUAUGUCAUCUGUCUUUUGGCGUUACUGUCCGCUAAAGGCAGCAAUAACAGAACUGCCGACGCGCUGUUUAGCUGCCAGGCUGCUAGCUAGCUGUAGCUAACAUCGGCGAUCCAGCAGAGAAAGAUGGGGUCCAUCCUGAGCCGCAGAAUCGCUGGUGUGGAGGAUAUCGAUAUCCAGGCUAACUCGGCCUACCGUUUUCCACCAAAAUCUGGGAAUUAUUUUGCAAGCCACUUCUUCAUGGGAGGAGAGAAGUUUGACACGCCACAUCCAGAGGGAUACCUCUUUGGAGAAAACAUGGACCUGAAUUUUCUUGGAAAUAGGCCGGUACAGUUUCCAUAUGUGACACCUGCACCCCACGAGCCAGUGAAAACUCUGAGGAGUCUUGUCAACAUCAGAAAGGACUCUCUGCGUUUGGUCAGAUACAAAGACGACUCGGACCCAGUGGCUGAAGACGGGGGAAAACCAAAGGUUCAGUACGGCGUGGAGUUCACCUUCGAUGCUGAUGCCCGGGUGGCCAUCACGCUCUACUGCCAGGCGUUUGAAGAGUUCUCCAAUGGGAUGGCAGUGUACAGCCCGAAGAAUCCAUCGCUGGUGUCUGAAACUGUGCAUUACAAGCGAGGGGUGAGCCAGCAGUUCUCCAUGCCGUCUUUCAAAAUCGAUUUCAGCGAGUGGAAAGAGGAAGAUCUGAACUAUGACCUGGACCGAGGAGUGUUUCCCAUGGUGAUCCAGGCCGUGGUUGAUGAAGGUGACGAUUGCCUCGGACAUGCACACGUGCUAUUGGCAGCCUUUGAAAGACACGUUGAUGGCAGUUUCUCAGUCAAGCCUCUGAAGCAGAAACAAAUCGUGGACCGUGUGAGCUACCUUUUACAGGAGAUCUAUGGCAUCGAGAACAAGAACAACCAAGAAACAAAGCCGUCAGAUGAUGAGAACAGCGACAACAGCAACGAGUGUGUCGUGUGUCUGUCCGACCUGCGAGACACACUCAUCCUGCCCUGCAGACAUCUGUGUCUGUGCAACUCCUGCGCAGACACUCUGCGUUACCAGGCCAACAACUGUCCCAUCUGCAGGCUGCCUUUCAGAGCCCUGCUGCAGAUCAGAGCAGUGAGGAAAAAGCCCGGCGCUCUCCCCGUGUCUUUCAGCCCCGUUCUGGCUCAGACCAUGGACCACGACGAACACUCAGUGAGGCACAGACUCGGUCCCCCCGGCUUUGAGCCCAUCUCACUGUUGGAAGCUCUGAACGGUCUGCGGUCAGUGUCUCCUGCCAUUCCAUCCGCCCCCCUCUAUGAUGACAUCAACUUCUCGGGGGGUGUGGGAGGUGACGGCCGGCAGCUGAGCUCCCCCGAGCAUUUAAGUGACGGCAGUCUGCAGAAAGGCAAAGUCAGCAAGUCGCCUGACAGCACCCUUAGGUCUCCGUCCUCUCCCAUCCAGGAGGAAGAUGAGGAGAAGUUGUCCGAGAUGUCCGACGCUCAGCCACACACGCUGCUGUCCAGCAGCCCCGCCCCCACAGACGCCACAGCGACCGAGGACGCUGCAGAAUCCCUAUCUCCAGAUGAUGAGGACAGGCCCCCUUCUGGAGAAGACAUCCUUCAGGACUGCAGCAGUGAGCACAGCAGCUUGACCAAAACAGAGAGCGACCCAGCGGGUGACUUGUCUCUGCCAGGCUCAUCCGAGUCAACAGAAAGCCUGAAGAGUCAGAGCACAAACUGCUCCAGCCAGCCUCUGCUGUGUCCCGCGAGCAGCCUUCAUCUGGAGGACGAGCACCUCGACCCCUGACUCUAAUGCAACAUUUACACACACCCCCCCCCCUUCGUCCUUCAGAACUGAUUUCCUCUCUACAAAACAGAUCAUUCAAUCCCUCUAUUCCUUUCCCUCUCACAAUCCUCCUGUGUGGUCAGAGCUGACGUCAGGCCCCUGAAAGGAAGCCCCUGAAAGGAAACCCCUCAGGACGUGGGAGGACUCUUGUUCAUUCCUUCAAUGUCUUUGACUUUAGAGAAGAAAUUUGACACCACACAAAGAUGUUCCCUGUGUCUAAGGGUAUGAUGGUCCCCCCCCCCCCCCAGCUCCAAAACAUUUCAGCUCCUGUCAGAUGGUGUUGAGUUGUGUGUGUGUGUAAGUCGGAGUAGCCGUGUAGUAAUAACGUGGAUUCCAAUGAAAUUUCACUACCGGUUAUGGUGGUGCUUUUUAAGCACACUUAAGAGAAAUGAACUCUGUAUCAGCUGUUUGACACCAAGUUCAGAAGAGUUUGUAAACUAAGUUUAGAUAUUGUAUCCAUCAGUGACAUACAUGAAUAACUUUAACUUGUUUUUUCCAGCAAUUUGCUUUGAGUUAUGAGCAGAAAUCUAAAAAAAAAACUAAAAAAAAUAUGAAUUAUAUGUCUGUGUGUCUAUUUGAAGUGAUUUUGCACUCGUUUAUAAUCCAUUCCUUAUAACAAAGAGUUUAUAAUGAGAUUAGUUGAAGUCGUAUGCAGUCUCAAACAUCGUCAUGUAUGUUUUUUUUAUUCUAUCUAUGUGAUAUCUAUGUAUCCUAACUACUAGAAUCAUGUAUAGUAACUUCCAAAUGGUAUACUAUAUUACUUAUUCAAAGAGAUAAUGAAGAAAUAGAGCUACGUUCAAGGACGAUGCACAUUAUUUAAGCGUCAACAUCCUAACAGCUGAGCACAAAGAGAGCUAACAAACUGCAACAAGCGUAGAUACUCCAGCUACAUACAUGCUGACACAAUAUGACACAUUGUGCUUGUCGUAGAUGUGGCAGAUGUCUGUACAGUCUUUUUGUGGCAAUGCCGGUGUCUGCUUAUGUGGUAUAGCUUAAAAAAAAAAAGGGGGGUCAGGUGCUUAAAUUUCUUACCUUGGUCCUGUAUGUGUAGCGCCAUGCAUAUAGAUCUUUGUGCCUUGACUUGAUUAUGGCUGCCUGCUUGUUGCAUUGGACAUUAGUGUUCUUAUUAAUGCCACAAACAAUACAUAGCUGUUUCCAGCCCAUAGACAGGAUUUUUGAUGCUGAUGUACAGAGCCCUUUUUUUUUUUUUUUCUAUCGCAAGCCUCAUGCUACUGGAAAAAAAAAAUGUAUCGUCUUAUUGUGUUUUUUUGCAAUAUUAAUUUGAAGUGUUUGUUGACUUUUGUUAUGACUGUGUAUCAAAUAUGCAUUAAAGGUUUGUAUUAAGGUUGUUUGAUCGGAAGGAACACACCCAAUGCACUAAAUGCAAAACGUUGCAUUUCAACAAUUUGGGCUAGCAUUUGCAUGUGAAUUUGUAAAGGUCUGAAACAUUUCAUUGCUUUUUUUUUUUUUAUUGAGAUGGUUAUUUUGUCUUUUUAUCCCUCUUUUCUUCUGUGCCAUUUCAACUUGACACCGUGCCUUCCUCUUCCUGUUCUGACCACGGUUGACCUGGUAUCCAGGAUCACUCCACAGUAGGUGGUCUGUGGCUCUCUGUUCAAAUCAGUUCCUGUCUCUCCUCGUGUGUAUAACAGCAUGUGAAUAACAAUAAAGACCGAUGAUUCAGUACUUCA